AUGCCCGCUGAUACCGUUGGCAAGACCAUUACCUGCAAGGCCGCAGUUGCCUGGGAAGCCGGCAAGGACCUGUCCAUCGAGGAUAUUGAGGUGCUGCCCCCCAGGGCCAACGAGGUCCGCAUCGAGAUUUACUACACGGGUGUCUGCCAUACAGAUGCCUACACACUGUCCGGCAAGGACCCCGAGGGUGCCUUCCCCAUCGUCCUCGGGCACGAGGGUGCUGGUAUCGUCGAGUCUGUUGGUGAGGGCGUCACAAACGUGAAGCCCGGCGACCACGUUGUUGCUCUCUACACACCAGAGUGCAAGGAGUGCAAGUUCUGCAAGUCUGGCAAGACCAACCUGUGCGGCAAGAUCCGCACAACCCAGGGCAAGGGUGUCAUGCCUGACGGCACCUCGCGCUUCAAGUGCAAGGGCAAGGACCUACUUCACUUCAUGGGAACUUCCACAUUCUCCCAGUACACUGUCGUCGCAGAUAUCUCCGUUGUCGCCAUCACCGAGAAGGCUCCCAUGGAUCGCACCUGUCUGCUCGGCUGCGGUAUCACAACUGGUUACGGUGCUGCCGUUAUCACCGCAGGAAAGGGUGGUGUCGAGCAGGGCUCCAACGUUGCCGUCUUCGGUGCUGGCUGCGUUGGUCUGUCCGUCAUCCAGGGAGCUGUUAAGAACAAGGCCGGCAAGAUCAUCGUUGUCGACGUCAACGACAACAAGGAGGAGUGGGCCAAGAAAUUCGGCGCCACCGACUUCGUCAACCCCACCAAGCUCGGCUCCCAGAGCAUCCAGGAGAAGCUCAUCGAGAUGACCGAUGGCGGCUGCGACUACACAUUCGAUUGCACAGGUAACGUCAAUGUCAUGCGCGCUGCCCUCGAGGCCUGCCACAAGGGAUGGGGAGAGUCUAUUGUCAUUGGUGUCGCUGCUGCUGGUCAGGAGAUUUCCACUCGCCCCUUCCAGCUCGUCACCGGCCGUGUCUGGAAAGGAUGCGCUUUCGGUGGUGUCAAGGGCCGCACACAGCUCCCCGGUCUCGUUUCUGACUACAUGAACGGCGACCUCAAGGUCGACGAGUUCAUCACUCACCGUCAACCCCUCGACAAGAUCAACCAGGCCUUCGGCGACAUGAAGGCUGGCGACUGCAUUCGUUGCGUCGUCAACAUGCGCGAGUAA